AUGAUAGAACAACCUAUAAUACCAUCUUCGAUAUCCAAUUCACUUCAAGAAGCGACAAGAAAACAUCUAAUGCAUGAAGAUAGCUAUAUUUACGCAGAUAGAUCAAUAUUAGGUAGAGCCGCAGCUUCUACGUUUAACGAUUUACGCAAUAUCCCUCCACUUGCUCCGUCCAAAAUGUCCGAGGAUUUACAUUGCUGCAAUCUGUUGUACCCCCACGUGCGUCCCAUAUUUAAUCAACUAUUCAAAGAUUAUGAUAUUCAACUUAACCGUGCCGUAAAAGGAACCAGAAAAAGACCCGAUUUCUCGUGUUUAGUCGACAAAAUACCGGUUCUUGUUUCCGAAUUUAAACCUCUAGGAUGUACACCGCUUCAAAAAAAGAGAGAUUUUGUGAGAGUGCACUUAAGGGCCAAGAAAUCAUUAAAUCAACAAUUGAAUUUAAAAGGUGGUCCCGGUGAAGUGAUGCUAUUUACAAAUAUGGGUGACGUAAUUAGUUCAUUUUCUAUGGAUCUCAGCAAGGGACUAUGUUGUUCAUGGUCUUUCCAUACGACUAAGUUGACAAUUGACAGGGCUCAAUACCAUUGGUAG